UCCGCACAUAAAAGACAACACAAGAGAUUGGAGAAGUGAGGCGCGUCCUUCGCGAGUCAAAACCAACAGCUUGCACCAGACAAGAAAAUUUAAAUUCAUAUUCGUGAUUAAAUAUGUAUUUUGAUACGAAUGUAUUAUAUUAUUCGCGUUGGAUUUGGUCAGUGUCGAUUAGACCACGGUCCCGCGAACUGUUGCCAUGUUUAGAUCAAGCACGUGUGUAGUUGCGGCACUCGCGUGUUUAUCAUUUGUUUAUUGUGAUAAGUAUCGAAUCUGUGUUGUUGAUAGCAAAGGAGGAUAUAAAGUAUCUAAUCAUUAUUGUCCAACACUGACAAAAUUAAAAAGCAAUAUAGAAUGCGUUGUAGGAAUCGAUAGAUUGGAUUGUUUGAGGCACUUGUCAAAAGGCACAGCUGAUUUUACUGUUUUGACAGCUGAAGAUCUAGUCACUGCUCACACGUCCGAAAUCGAAGUUCUCGUUACAAAUGAACUGAGAUAUACAAGUGAAAAAUAUGAAUACGAAUUGGUCGCUGUGGUUAAUAAAAAAUCUGGGAUUACCAGCAGACAUCAUCUUAAGGACAAAAAAUAUUGUCAUCCUGGGUAUGGAUACGAAGAAUAUUUCACAAAAAUUCUAGUUAAUUAUUUUGAAUCCACGGUGGUGCCACAAUCUUGUAACCCCAAAUUAACUAUUAACGAAAAUAGAAUUAAAGCAACAUCAGAUUUUUUCAAAUCAUCCUGCAAGGCUGGUCCUUGGGUACAUGAUCCUCAGAAGGAUGAUGAAUUAAAACAAAAAUACCCUAACUUAUGCGCAAUAUGCGGUAGUCCAAACUGCAAUAUAAACGAUAAAUAUUGGGGACGAAGAGGUCCUUUGCUUUGCCUUACAGACGGUGCAGGAGAUGUCAGUUGGACACGGUGGGAUGAUGUGCAAAUUCACUUUGGACUCACGCCAGGUGACACCGAAUCAUCUCCAGACGAUUUUAGUUUACUAUGUCCCGACGAUACGUUAAUGCCUGUAAAUACUACAAAUCCAUGUGUUUGGGUUGCUAAACCUUGGUCCGUUGUUGUUACUAAAAGAUCAUCAGCUCAAGACUUGCAAUCCAUAAUAUCGAACCUUUCAACAUCUGACCAAGCGCAGUUCGCAGUCCUAAACCUGAUGUCAGCUACGACUCAAACCGUCGAAAAAAUCUAUCCAAUCGAAGCAAUCGAAACCUACUUGAACAAAGCCACCGGGUUUCUAAGCGCAAACAGUUUCUCGGGCUGUCAUCCGCCCAGGACCAUUAGAAUAUGUACCACGUCUAUAGUGGAAAACGCAAAAUGUUCCUGGCUCAGGGAGACUGCUGCCGUUUAUGGAAUUGAGCCUGACAUUGAUUGUUUAAAAGCAGAUAACACUACUCAUUGUAUGUUGGCUUUAAACACGAAUAAUGCUGCCGAUGUAGUCAUGGUUUCACCGGAUCUUACUAACAAAGCCAGAAGGGAUUACAAUUUACAACCAUUGUUCUACGAAACCGUCUACAAUAACGAAAAAUACGUAACAGUGGCAGUAACUCGACAAAACUCUGAUUUGGAAAAACUUGAAGACCUCCAAGGCAAAAAAGCAUGUUUUCCAGUUUACGACGGUAUGGCUUGGAACACUGUUAAGCACUCCUUCCACAUGAAAAACCUAUUAAAAUGUCCAUCGGAUUCCGUAAUGAUGAAUUACUUUGGUCCCAGCUGCGCGCCAGAAUAUCCCAAAGAAUCACAUACAACAUCGGGUAUUUGCGAUGGAGAUAAUUUUAAUGGUGAACUUGGAGCUUUAAAAUGCCUAACAAGUGGUAAAGGAGAUGUAGCGUUUUUGUCGAAGAACACUCUUUUAAAGUUUUUACAAGAUAACAAAGACUAUAAGUUGGAGGACUUUAAAAUCGUGUGUGGUAACUCUUCAAACGCCUGUCACCUGGGAUGGUCCCCUGUAGGAUAUGGUAUGAUCCGAACAAAUUCCAGCGAAGUUUGGAAAAAGGACACCUUGGACGUUUUUCUUCAGCUGGACGAGUUGUUUGGGAAAAACUUUAAGUCACUUACGUCCCCAUAUACAAUGUACGGAAAAUACGAUGGAAAAUCCGAUUUGCUUUUCCAAGAUGAGACUGUUAGAAUACGCAGCGUUCCAAUGGCAAGAAACACCGAUACAAUGAGCAACGAAUUCGAAAGUUUGAUUAAGUCAGACACGCCAUGCUUGGCUUCUUCUCAGGAAAUGGCUUCACCAUAUUUAAUAACAAUAUUUGUUAAUUUACUUCUUUUCUACGUGUUCUGUUGACUUUAAUUAAUUUAUGCAAAUUACUUUAUAUGUAAAUUGCCCAAUAUAAAACAUCCUUUAAUAGUCAUUUGUAAGAUUAGGUUUUAAUUUAGAGAAAACGUCAUUUGCGUAUUAGAUAAUAUUUUUACCAGCGAUUAGAAUUCCUAUUGAACUGAUGACAGUUUCUGUGAUAUAUAUUGUAAAUAAAUAUUUUAUUAUA